AUAACAGCGCUUUGUGAAGGCUGUACUUUAACUUGAAAUAAAUAUAAUUUGAAAGGUAUACGUUGGAUAAGCAUGUGGUUGGUUUGGUGGUUAGUGGCAGAUGUAACAAGACAUCGAAGGUGACACCCAUUUCACAAUGAUUGUCUGCAAAAUAAUUACUUCAGUAUGCAAAAUUGACAUGAAGUUCAUGAAAUGCAGUCGGUGAAAUUACCAAGAUGUACUUCAUUCUGCAAGCAGCCGUUCUUUUGGCACACAGCAUGAAUGUGCUCCCUUGUGCAAAUGAGCUGAGCAUAAACGCCACCCUUGGGGAAGAUGUUCUCCUGAACCCAAACUGCACAGAUUGUGACGCAUUGUCAAUUGAGUGGAAAUUUUCUUCAAACCUGAUGACCAGCUGCAUUUCCUCUUAUAUUAUGAGCAAGGAGACAAUUUCUAAAAUCGUCUUUGGUGCAUUUGAAGGUCGAGUGAGCAUUCUAAGGAAUGGCUUGCAUUUAUGGCUACCAUCUGUCCAUAUCAAUGACACAGGAAAAUACACCCGGAUCCUCACAACGCUGAAUGGAAUGGAACAAUGCGUUAGCAUUACAGUUAAUGUGCAGGAAGAUUCCAGAAAAGCAGAGACCUUUGAGAUAAAUCAGACAAAAGACAAUGGCUUGAAAACAACAAUAUCCCUAUCAGUGUCAAUCGUUGGAGUCAUUUUGGGAGUGAUCAUUAUACUUCUUUGGAUUAAAAGGAAAUCAGCUUGGAGAGCAACAUCAAGGGUAAAUAGAUUUUCACUACCAACCAAGUCUAGAGAAUAUCCAAUUUACGGUAAUUGGAAUGGGUCAAGAUAUACCUGAAAGGAAGAACCAAGAGAACAGAAUUCUCAAAUAACAAGAGUGUACAUGAACAGAAGAUGCUGAAAACUGAACUUGCCGUUUAGUGAAAUGCCCGGCACUGUCUGCCUUGGCAAUUGUGUUUGUAAACUCCCUGAGCUGGAAGUUGUCUCAGAUCUCAUCAUCAAUCACAGAACUCCUGCAAACUAUGAAAACUCUGAUAUAAUUCUUUAAAAGAAUUUCUUUCAAAAUGCCGUUUGAAUUUUCAGAAGUCUUCCAUUUCAACCACAAUGACGGACCGAUUCAAACUAUUUCACGUAAAAAAGAUACUUGCAGGGAAUAUGUGCGCCACUCUAUACGAUACAAAUAUCUAAUAGUUGGUCACCAUUCCGUAGUAAGCGUUUCACAUUUAUGGUUGCUUUAUUUCCAAUUUCCUUGCUGCUUUGUGAUAAUACUUGGCCUGCAGUUGCUUUCUGGAACUCUGUGCAACAAUUAGCUAUCUGGGGAAGGAGAAUAAUGAUGCAGUGCCAGGAAUGGGUCCUGACUAUGGGCUGUCGUCCAUAGUCAGGAUGUCUGUACGCAGUUAAUAUAUUCUGCCUGGGACUACACGGGUUUUCUCCCACACCUCAAAAAUGUACAGGUUUGUAGGUUAAUUGGCUUUGGUAAAAUUGUAACUGGUGCUAAUGUACGGGGUGGUCACUCUUAGGUGUGGACACGGUGGGCUGAAGGGCCUGUUUCCGCUCUGUAUCUUUAAAGACAAAAAUCUAAACAAGCAUUUUUGCAAAUUAUUGCCCACACAUAUCUCACCUCCCACCCCCAAUGUUAUUUGAACCCCUUUUUCAAAAAUCUUAGUUGAUUAAAAGGAACAGCAUAGAAACAGGCCUCUCGGUCCAUCAAGGCCACACCGUCCAUUGAUCACCCGGUCACUCUGGUUCUAUUUUAUCACACUUUUGUGUCCACUCCCUACACCUGUGGGCAAUUUUACAGAGGCCAAUUAACUUACAAACCCGCACAUCUUUGGGAUAUGGGAGGAAACCCUGCAGAGGAAAUACACGUAGUCACAGGGAGAAAGUGCAAACUCCACACAGACAGUUCCCGAGGUCAAGAUCGCACAGGGUCUCUGGCGCUGUGAGGCAGCAGUUCUACCAGCUGCACCACCGUGCUGCCGAAUUGACUGCUGUUAUCACACAGUAAGUUUCACAUCGUAACUACCCACACGUAAUUCUUUGCCUUUUGCUCACCACCAGCUUAUCAAACGCAGUUGGGGAUAAUGUGAUGACAACAUAUCGAGAAAAUAAAAAUAUAUUAAAACAUUAUGAAGCAGAGGAUGCCAUAUGUUUUUACAACUAUUCCCUCAACAGGUUGUCAUCCUUAAAGAUCAAUGCACAAGAACAUGUAGAUCUUACUACUUCCGCCCAUAUUCUGGAACUUAGCCAUUUGGACUGGAAAAUCUAUCCCCACCCUUUCUGACAGACUAGGAUAUAAUUCUUCUCUGUAUUCAAUUUAACUUACCUAUUCUUCCAGCCUUAUAUCCCCUUGCUGACUAUAGUAUCAUUUUGCAUUUACCUCAUCUUCCAGAACUGAUACUUGGAAAACUGAUACUUACCUUACAACCUGUUGUAAUAACAGCCUGAUUUCCAUCUUUUAACUUAUUCUUUAUCCAUCUUGCAACUCACUGCUUUUUUACUAAUGCCCUAGAUUUUGCUAACCAGCAGUUUAUGUGGAACUUUGUAAUCCAUAUGGAUUUUCAGAAGAUAGUUGAUAAUAAGGUUAUGGGGAGAUGGCAGGAGAAUGGGGUUAGGAGGGAGAGAUAGAUCCGCCAUGAUUGAAUAGCGAGUAGACUCGAUGGGCCGAAUGGUCUAAUUCUACACCUAUCACUUAUGACCUUAUGACCUAAUUACAAUCUCUUCACCAAUCUUUUCCAUUAAUUUAACAAAAAUAUUAAAUAGG